GUAUUCGUUACAGUUUGGAUGUUAGUGUGGAUGAAGUAAAAGCCUUAGCAUCUCUAAUGACAUACAAAUGUGCUGUGGUUGAUGUGCCAUUUGGUGGGGCAAAGGCUGGUGUCAAGAUCAAUCCCAAGAACUACACAGACAAUGAAUUGGAAAAGAUAACAAGAAGGUUUACCAUGGAGCUGGCAAAAAAGGGCUUUAUUGGACCUGGUGUUGAUGUGCCUGCUCCUGAUAUGAGCACAGGGGAGAGAGAGAUGUCCUGGAUUGCUGACACCUAUGCCAGUACCAUAGGACACUAUGAUAUUAACGCACAUGCGUGUGUAACUGGUAAACCUAUCAGCCAGGGUGGGAUCCAUGGGCGUAUAUCUGCAACUGGUCGUGGUCUCUUCCAUGGAAUUGAAAAUUUCAUCAAUGAAGCAUCGUAUAUGAGUAUAUUAGGAAUGACUCCUGGAUUUGGAGAUAAAACAUUUGCUGUUCAGGGAUUUGGUAACGUGGGCUUGCAUUCUAUGAGAUACCUGCAUCGUUUUGGAGCGAAGUGCGUUGCUGUUGGAGAGUUUAAUGGUUCUAUCUGGAAUCCUGAUGGGAUUGACCCAAAGGAGCUAGAAGAUUACAAAUUG